AAAUACUCAACAGGUCUAACCUCCAGCGUUUUCAUUUUUUACUGCAAUUCAAAUGUCCAACGUGGCUGCAGCAGCUAUCUGAACGUAAUCAUAGAUUUGUGGGUCCAAUAUCGCGCACGGAGUGGACAGGAGUGGUGUCGAGAGCAUUGUAAUGAAUGCUCAGACUGGCUGGGCUUUGCACAAGGUGGAGCUGGCCCGACACCAUCGGCCAAGGUUAUAGAAAAUGAAUUAAAACUUCACAAAAUCAAAAGGAAGUGCGAUGUCAUUGAACUUUAUCUGGCUAAGGAAGGACUAACAGAAGUUCCUGAUUUGUCAAGAUUUAAACAGUUGCAGUACUUGUGGUUAAAUCAUAACAAGAUUAAAACGAUAAAUUCCCUGAAAAUGAAUUGGUGCCUCAAAGAACUAUAUUUACAAAACAACAUGCUCCUUGAUUUAACAGGUUCUCUGAAACACUUGACAUCCUUACAAAUAUUGCUGCUGCACAACAACAGGCUUACUAAGGUGGAAAAGAUCGUAGCAGAAUUAAAGAAAAUGACGUGGUUGCACACAUUAAAUAUAUUCAAUAAUCCUUUGUCACAAGAUAAAGAUUACCGCUUGUAUGUAAUCUACCAUCUACCUUCAGUGCAGCUGCUUGAUAGGCAAUAUGUACAUCAGAAAGAACGGGAAGCUGCUUUGGAUUUCUGCAACCAAGACCGAAUGCGAGUCCGUCAAUCAUUAGCAUUUGGGCAGAGGAUACAAACUCAUUUACUUAAACAGAAAGUAUCAAAGAGAAGUGGAAGUGCACAUCCAAGUUGGAUGUCAGCAGUUCCUCGCCAGAAAGGUAUUCUCAAGAACCCAAAAAAGAUAAUGGUGGAUGUCAGCAGUUCCUCAUCAGAAAGUUUCAGAGAUGCUUCAAAGAUUGAUGUUGUUCAACGAGUAAAGCAAAAAUCAAUGAUGGAGCAUUCCAUUUUUGACUGGAGCAAAGUGCCCAAUGCACAGCAGAAACGCCAGGGAGAUGAACUGACAGAAACAUCUCAGAUCAUUACUCAAUUCAGAUAACCGCGAGAAUUUAAAGGGAAAUUCCACAGUAAAAAAAACACACUGGGAGGAUGUUUUAAAAUAGUUUGUGUAAAUGUCAUAACCUUGAACACGAUUAUUGCUACUGUUUGACUACCAUCUGAACAAUUAAAUGAAAAUUUCCCCAAA